AUGCAGCAAAAUGGUGAUGUUGUUCACACCAUAACCGGCGAUUUUGGACGCUGGCAACUGCGUACCAUAAUUUUGGUGUUUUUGUGUAAAAUUCCCACUUCCUGGUUUAUGGCGUGUGUCAUCUAUACGGCGCCCCUACCACAAAAGACGGACUACUAUUGCAAGCCAUCGGAUUUCGAGGAAAUUAGAAAUGCCACUCAACCUGUGACACAUUCAUGGAUUCAAAGAUCCUUUCCCUUGCAGGUGGAGGAAAAGCAGAAGACCGAUCGAGAAUUUCACAUAGAUCAGUGCUACAUUCACAACACUACGCUGGCCCAAAGGGCUGGCCUGAACUAUACCAAUCCCUUGGAUAAGCCUUUGCGUCACCUGGACUCCCAGCAGAUAAUGCCCUGCGAUCAUUUCGAGCAUAUUUCGGAAUACAAAUCCCUAGUGACUCAAUUCGAUUUGGUAUGCUCGCGUCAAUUGUUGGUAUCGGUGACACAGUCCUUUCAUGCCUUGGGGGCCUUUGUGGGAGGCCUUUUGGCGCUUAAAUUACUAAAAAGUGUCAGUCCCAAGCGUUUAAUGUUGUACGGCAUGAUUGGUCAAAUUAUUUGCGGCAAUAUGACCGGUCUGGUCUCCACCUUUAUGCUGCAUGUCUACUACCGAUGCCUCACCUCAGCGUUUUGUGCCUUCAUGUAUAUUUCGGGACAGGUGAUAAUUUCUGAUAUAACAGCUGGCAAAGCUAGAACAAUUACCAUAACCCUCUCGGAGCUUUUCUCCUCCAUUGGUCUCAUACUUUUGCCAGGGAUUUCUAUAUUUUUCGAUAGUUGGAGCCAUCUGUAUGUUGCCAUAUCAACUUCUCUGGUGUUUCUUGUAUUUCCACACAGGUGGAUAUCGGAUAGUCCCCGCUGGCUGUUGCAACAUAAUCGCAUUGAAACCACUUUAAAACUUUUACUGGAAUCAGCUGCUUUCAAUAAUCAUCCCAUACCCUUGGAUUUGGAGCAACGUCUGGAGCUAAUGGCCAAUGAUAUGAAAAAUAAGCCAAUUGUACGUUAUUGGUCCUUGUGGGAUGGAAAAGCACCCAGAAGUUUUAUACUGCUGAUACAUUGGGCCUGGGCAGUGUCAAUGGUGAUUUACAGUGUAAUGGUGAUAAUGAUACGAUUUGUGGAUAUUACAAAACUGCAUGUGAAUACCUCAUGUUUGGGCUUUGCCGAAAUGUUGGGUAUAUUUCUGGGUCUAUAUCUCUUAUUGUACACCAGGCAUCGUUGGCUAUGGUCAGGCUAUUUAAUGUUAUUUGCUGGCAUUAUUACCUAUUUUGUAUGGUUUAUACCUGAUUCAGUCAAAGAUUCCCAUAGAGGUGCUUAUGAAAUGAUAUUUUGGCUAUUCCUAAAGCUGGUCAACUCAGCUUCCUUGGUUAUACUAACCAACUGUUCUGGCGAGCUAGUGACACCCGAUAAAAGACCCCUGCUUAUGGCCUCCGUUGGAGCAUUUAGCCGCUUUUGGCUCACCCUGGGUCCUUUCAUUCUGAUAUUUAUGAAAGUCAAUCACUUGCUGCCCAUUACCAUAUUUGCCAGUAUGGCCGUUAGCAGUGGUGCCCUUAUGUGUUUCCUCAACAUACACUUCUGCAAUGAUGACCAACCCAAGGUGCGGCGUAUACCCACCCCAAAUACAUAUCGCAGAAAAUCCUCAACUAUAUUGUUGAGGAAACUUAGUUCGGUGGAUGAGUGUAUAAGCUGUCCGGAAGAGAGUUCUUCAGCCGAAAUGGGCUAUGAUAAUCCCUCAAUUUCCAUAAGUCUUGAGGAAUUUUGGGAGAUGGCCGGAAAUUUAGCAGACACAGAAGAUACGAGGGCGAAAAAAGUAGCUGCAAAAGAUAGGAAAAGAAGAUUUUCACAUUUUUUGUAA